CCCAGGUGCACAGGAUGCAGGUGCAGCAACGCGGGGCUUGAUAACCGAGGUCUUUGGCACGAGGAGUAAUUCUUCAGCUUCCUUGAGACAAACCAGCAUGAAAAUCGUCGCGAUACUUCUUCUGGCCGCCUUGAGUGUGGCAUCACCCUGCACGCACGAAGAUUUCCUUAACAAGCGGAAGGCCGUGUCGAAAUUAUUUGAAAAUGCGAUAGGUGAAAAGAUCGACGCUGUAGCCAACGCCGAGGUGAAGGAGGCUUUAUCCGGUAUGAAAAAGCGAUAUGUUGCAGCAUUUAACAAUGCUCUACUUGACAACUACCGACAAGUACGACAGGUGAUAAAGUCUAAUAACAACCGCAGAUCUGUCUCCCAAGAAGUUCAUAUCGAAAAUGUCAAAAGAGCAUUUGAUGACAUGAAAGCGAAGGUUCAUCUUCAGGCAACGCGGGGCAUCUGGGACAAUGUGAAGGCGAAAUUCAGCGAUUUUGGUAGUUGGGCUAAGAGUUUCCUCGGCGAUGUCUGGGUAUUGAUAAAACCAAGCUUGGUAGAACUCAAAGACAUGGCUAUUCAGCUAAUUAAAGAUGGUGCCUCAGAGCUUUCGGAGCACGCAAAGAACGAGGCAAUGGAAUUCUUCAAAAAACAUGCAGACCAACUGAAAGACGAUAUGAAGGAGAAGAUCAGUAACACGUUGGGCACAGGAGACACGUUGAAAUAAAGUUGAUGAUGAAACUUUCAUUUUUCUAAAUUCAACAGUCAAAUAAAUUGAUCUAGUGUAAAAGAAAAAACAACAA